AGUCGAGUGCAAUGGAGGAGUGGCCGAAGAGGAUGAGGUGGAGGUCAUCCUUACACAGGAGCCUGCUGCUGAUCAGGAAGUGCCAAGGGAUGCCGUCUUGCCUGAGCAAUCCCCAGGAGAAUUUGACUUUAAUGAGUUCUUUAACCUUGAUAAGGUGCCAUGCUUGGCUUCGAUGAUAGAAGAUGUUUUGGGAGAAGGGUCAGUCUCUGCCAGUCGGUUCAGUCGGUGGUUCUCUAACCCAAGCCGAUCAGGAAGCCGGUCCAGCAGUCUUGGAUCAACACCACAUGAAGAAUUAGAGAGACUUGCAGGUUUGGAGCAAGCCAUCCUCUCUCCUGGACAGAACUCGGGGAAUUAUUUUGCUCCUAUACCAUUGGAAGACCAUGCUGAAAAUAAAGUGGAUAUUUUAGAAAUGCUACAGAAAGCAAAAGUGGAUUUAAAACCCCUUCUUUCCAGCCUUUCUGCAAAUAAAGAAAAACUUAAAGAGAGCUCACAUUCAGGUGUUGUGCUUUCAGUGGAAGAGGUAGAGGCAGGGCUCAAGGGCUUAAAGGUGGACCAGCAAGUGAAGAGUUCAACUCCCUUUAUGGCAGAACACCUAGAGGAGACCCUGAGUGCUGUAACCAACAAUCGACAACUUAAGAAAGAUGGAGACAUGACUGCCUUCAAUAAGCUAGUGAGCACCAUGAAGGCAAGUGGGACUUUGCCUUCUCAACCUAAAGUCAGUCGAAACCUUGAAAGCCAAUUGAUGUCUUCUGCUGAGAUUCCAAGCCAGCCUGUCCCUAAAAACAUCCUACAGGAACUUCUGGGUCAACCUGUGCAUAGACCUGCUUCUUCUAAUCUUCUGAGUGGCCUUAUGGGAAGCUUGGAGCCUACAACAUCUUUACUGGGCCAACGAGCACCAUCUCCUCCCUUGUCACAGGUGUUUCAAACUCGAGCAGCCUCAGCAGACUACCUUCGCCCAAGAAUACCAUCACCAGUUGGUUUCACAUCAGGACCACAGCAACUACUUGGAGAUCCAUUCCAAGGCAUGCGCAAGCCCAUGAGCCCUGUCACAGCCCAGCAGAUGAGCCAGCUAGAGUUGCAACAGGCAGCUUUGGAGGGACUGGCCUUGCCACAUGACCUUGCUGUACAGGCAGCAAACUUCUACCAGCCUGGUUUUGGCAAGCCACAGGUGGAUAGAACCAGAGAUGGAUUCAGAAACAGGCAACAACGAGUGACCAAGUCACCAGCACCAGUACACCGAGGGAAUUCCUCUUCCCCUGCCCCUGCCGCCUCCAUCACAAGCAUGCUUUCUCCUUCCUUUACCCCUACCUCAGUGAUUCGUAAGAUGUACGAAAGCAAAGAGAAAAGCAAGGAGGAGCCAGCAUCUGGAAAAGCAGCUCUUGGUGAAAAUAAAGAGGAUACUCAGAAGGCCAGUGAAGAGAACCUUCUGUCAUCCAACUCUGUACCCAAUGCUGAUCAAGACUCUUCUCCCACAACAAAUUCCAAAUUGUCAACAUUACAGAAGUCUUCGUGUUCCACUCCACUGUCACAGAUCAACCGAUACACCAAAGAACAAGAUUACCGACCUAAAGCAACUGGGAGAAAAACACCCACCUUGGCAUCCCCAGUUCCAGGAACACCUUUUCUCCGCCCUGUCCAUCAAGUUCCCCUCGUCCCCCACGUCCCUAUUGUUCGGCCUGCUCACCAGCUUCACCCAGGGUUGGUCCAAAGAAUGCUGGCCCAGGGAGUACAUCCACAGCAUCUUCCAAGUUUGCUCCAAGCUGGCGUGCUUCCUCCUGGGAUGGAUCUGACUCAUUUACAGGGAUUAUCUGGCCCAAUCCUGGGUCAACCCUUCUACCCUUUACCUGCUGCUAGUCACCCUCUGUUAAACCCUCGUCCAGGGACACCUCUACAUCUGGCAAUGAUGCAACAGCAGCUGCAGCGCUCAGUUCUGCAUCCUCCAGGCUCUGGUUCCCAGGCAGCAGCUGUCAGCGUUCAGACCUCUCAGAAUGUGCCCAACCGGUCAGGCCUGCCCCACAUGCACUCCCAGCUGGAGCAUCGCCCUAGCCAGAGGAGUAGCUCUCCUGUGGGUCUUGCCAAAUGGUUUGGCUCAGAUGUGCUACAGCAGCCCCUGCCCUCCAUGCCUGCCAAAGUCAUCAGUGUAGAUGAACUGGAAUACCGACAGUGAGCAGCAGGGUAGACAGGCUCACCUAAGCCUGGGACCUAUAGUGGCACCCUGGUCUGGACUCUGCUUCCUCAUCUUGGGUUCACUUAUGGGCUUUUCUUUGGAGCACUCUGUGUGAAACUGUGUAGGAGGGGCCCAUGCACCUAGUGUGGUUUGUAUUAUGUUGGAAAGAUCUUAACCAAUUGAGCGGCGCCUACAUUGUCUGAAUAUGGGUUGCACAGUGUUGUCAAUCCUAGAAACAGUUUUUCUUUUUGUAAGAUAUGUGAAUGAAGUGUUGGUGUCCUCACCAAGAGGUGGCACCUAAGGGUUCUGAGGAAAUAAAUGUAUAGACCCUAUGUACAGACCUGUGUAUAAACAACUUUUGUAAAUACAUAUAGGAUAGCUUUUUUGAACUUAUACAGCUGUACAUAAAAGUAGCUGAUAUUAGUUAAGCCUGUGUCGACAGUUUGGAUUUUUUCACUUGUACAUUUGGGACUUUUUUUUUUUUUUGGUUGAUUAAAGUUGCAUAUGCUAAGUGUGAAUGAAGU